CGCGUUUUUCUUGUUCUAUAUUUUCCGCCACGAAGCUCUUUAAACUAAAAUUUCUUUUUAUAUCGCACUUAAAUAAUAGUAAAGAAUGAAUCUGGAGGACAUAUCGGUGGUGAUGAAGCUAUGCGACGACAACGUGCAGAAGCUUCAAGGGAAUCUCCAAUCCUACCAGCGAGAUGUGCGACGCAUUAAGAACAUGAUGACGAAAAGAUGGGAGCAGAUGGAUCGACUGGACAAAAGCCUUAUUGCCCAGCACGACCAGUUGGUGGGCAGUCUGACCGAAGUCAAUGCCUAUAUCAUCAAGCUGAACCUGCACAUAGAGCUCAACCGACCGUCGGGGCAAUUUGGAGAGGAGGAAAGGUCGGAGGACUCCUUAGAUGAACCAUACUCACCUAACAACUCUUCAAUGGCAGUCAAAGGAGUUAGUUCUGAUGAACUGGAUGAACUGCCGCCGGAGAAGGCCUCCGCCGAGAAGAGCAUGGAACCAGUACUGCCACCAUCAACCAGUCCCAAACCGGUAUCUACAAAAAACAAUCGAUCUCUUCUUGCUCCAAAAAACUCCACCCAGACGAUCAGCAAUGAUAUCUGUAAGGGAAAUUCCAAGGAAGUAACCCAUUUUCAAACUAACGAAAAUCCAGUGAUCAUUAAGUCAUUGGCGGAAGAGCCUAAGGUUACUAAUUCAACAAGCAUGAAAGACUCUCAACAAAGAUCCAUAAGUUUAACACCAUUAGAAAUAGAAGACACCCCAGAGGUCAUUAAGUCUUUCCAGGAAGAGCUAAAGGUUGCUAACAGCGAUGAUAUCUCCAAACAAGAUUCCAAAAACACAACUCCUUUGCAAAUUGAAGAGACCCCCAAGAUCAUUGAGUCUUACCCAUUUAAAGCGAGUCCAGAAAUCAUUAAGUCUAUCCAGAGAGAAAAAAAGGUUUCUACUUCUUCGUGCAAUGAUAUCUGCCAACAAAAGUUUAAAAAAACAACUUCUUUGCAAAUUAAAGAGAGUCCAGAAAUCACUAACUCAGUCCAGGGAGAGACAAAGCUUGCUACUCUCACCAUCAAUGAUAUCUCGAAUCAAAAUUCCACGAACGUAACUCCCCUUCAAGCUGAAGGGAAACCGUCCGAUCAGAUUUCUGUCUCCCCACCGGCAACCACUGCGAAGCUGUCAAAAGCUCCUAGGAGCCAAAACCUCUUGGCUCCCAAAGGUGGCACCCAGACCUCCAGCACGGGGAUCUACAAUCAAAUUUUGAAGAACAUGGCUGCCUUCCCCGCCAGAACCUUGGUUACCGCCGCAUUGGUGCACGUGAACCUAGCGGAUGACUGCAUCUAUGUGGCCAAAUGGGAUGAGAGUACACAGAGAAUUCAGAAGGUGCUCCAAGGACAGGUGGUUCUGCAAGAAUUGGCUCAGCUGCCCGACUACGGAGACAUCUUUGCGGUGCUCGACAGUAGCGACGACAUUAUUACCCGCAUGACCAUCAACAGCAGUUGCGCUGGAGGAGGCUACUAUGGUUAUCUGAUAGACUAUGGCGAGCACAUUCACCUGAACGGCAACGAAACCAUAUACGAAUUGCCCGAUGACAUAAGACGGCUGCCGGCGGAAGCCAUAAGGGGUCGAUUAAUCAAUUACGAUAUUGCGGAAUUGAAAACCUUUCUCUACAAGAAUCUAAAGCUGCGUGUGCUAGAAAACAAUGGCAUUGAACUGGUGCUGGAAGUGAUUGAGGAUAACCUCAGCAAAGUAAUAGCUUCGAAUGAAAAUAAGACCUACAAUGAACGUCGUGCUGCAGUAAGCGAGGCAGACAUGGCCAUGCUGAAUGAUAUCGAAGAGAGCACCAGUGAUCCUCUGAAGGCAGUACUGGGCUUUAGACCCACGGACGAGCAACGCAUUUGCCGGCACUACGAUCCACAGCUAAAUGGGUGCUUCAAGGGCAACAACUGUCGAUUGGUCCAUGAACCCUUCGCUCCCUAUGGCGCCACCAAGGAUGUGGAGGUAGCUGGUCCUCUUCCGGAAACCGUCUUCGAUACACCAGUGCCCUACGAAAUUGGAAGCAUUGUCCGCAUCUUGAUCACCUUUGUCAAUGGACCCACCGAGGUCUAUGCCCAGUUUUUGGACGGAUCUGCUCCCCUGGUGUGGGAGGAGAAUGAUGUGCCCGAGAACAAGCGACAUUUCAAGCAGAAGCCGCGCAUUCUGGACAUUGUACUGGCCCUCUACAGCGACGGCUGCUUCUAUCGCGCUCAGAUAAUCGAUGAGCUGGAUAAGGAGUACAAGAUAUUCUAUGUGGACUAUGGCAACACUGAGUUUGUUCCACUGAGCUCCUUGGCUCCCUGCGGCGUUGAGGAGAGCUUGAAGCCCCAUCGGUGCAUCAGUUGUCAAAUGGAGGGAGUUGUCAGGGCAGCAUUUCUCACACACGAGCAGACUUUUGAAUGCGUGGAGUACCUCAAAAGCAAAGUGCUGAACAGGGAGAUGGAUGUAAAGCUGGUGAAUCGCCUGCCGGAUGGUUUUAUGAUUCGCUUCCUGGACGAUUGGAAGGAAGUACCGCGACACCUCAUAAAUCGCAGGUACGUCGACCCAGUGUUUGGGAAAAAGCGUGGAUCCGAAGGUGAGCAGGGUGAGAAUCAACCUCUGGCAGGCGACGAUUUACAAUGAUCACUAAAUUCUUUAAGAGUAGUUUAUAAAUUUAAUAAUUUUAUGUUUAAUCAUACUUAAGUUUAUUUUAUUGUCUUUUCAAAAACAUCAAACUAAGCGCCAUUUCUGAAGAAAUGUUUCCUUUUUUUCAUUUCUGACACGGAUCAAUUUUACUUUUUUCCACUAACUUUACAAUGUUAAUAUUUUUUUCGAUGGACUCGUUUACUGUUUUUGGAUCAGUAUUAAACCUUCAGUUAUACCAAAUAAACUGGCUAUGUUCCAACACGUUAUCCACAUGUCAA